GUUUGAUGGCCACAACCACCAAAAAUCCUGCCCGCAUACAAUCCCGCUCGAAGGUUAUCAUUCUGCAUGUCAGUUGCAGAUCGUAUGGUUCUAGCAUUCAACAAUGCCUUCACUACUGGCUUAUAACGAUGUGUCGGGAGAUAUUAUGAUGGCGCGCAAGAGGACCGUCAGCAGUCGAUCAUCGGAGCAACCUGUCAUGAAGCGGCGCAAAACGACUGGACUGAACUCUCGCUUCGACCGGAUGAUCGAGACCGUCAAUAUAUUGCAUACAUCUCCUGCGAGCUCCAAGAGCUCCCACUCAGGAAGGCGUCGUCGCGCCGCAUCAUCCUCUUCCGCCAGCGCUGCAGAGUACGACAUGCCGAGAACACCCGUAGACGCAUACAACGAGCUCCACGGAGGUCGACUCGGGGCUGACUUCGCGGUCAUCAAGAUGCAUGCUGGUGGUCGUGAAAGACUUGACGAACCUGGGAUUUCUGGAGAGUAUCGGAACAGCAGAAGGCGAUCCCGGAAACUUCCCUCUAUCCCCGCAUGGCUCAACAAUACGCUCUCUACGCUUGACGUGCACCACCCUCUCCGCACUCUACUACCACCACAUUCGACAACCGUUCCGGUGAGGCCCGGUGUAUGCGUAGAGCCCAGAGUACACGAGGAUGCACCCGUGCUGAACCCUGCAGUGCCUGUUGAACAAGCCAUCAAUGACGGCUCUGUCUUCGCGUUCAACCCUCCGAGUCCAGGAAGUCCUCCGACCGCGCAUAUACCCAAUCCAGGCGCAGGGAAUCCAUCGGUUACGGGACGCCUCGCGAGUAACUUCGCUUUGUCCCGAGACCGCAUCGUGGGCGACAUUUACUCGGUCUCCCACACGACAUCUCGCCUCUCGUCCGUAUCCGGCGGAAGACCGAACUUGAGCGAGGAUCUCCUGCCCGUGCCGUUCUCCACUCCUGGGCCUGCUUCCUCUGUCGGUGCAGUGCCUCCUUCCGACUUUCCGCUGGAGUCCGCUAGUCGCGACGACGCUGAACAUACCAUGCUCCUCGAAGAGUCUAUUGGGGUCACCAAAAAUGGAUUAUUCAGUAAAAAUCCUUUCGCUGUAAUACUAGGUCCACAGGCAGACACGCCGCUUCUUGAAGACUACGAUCCGGACGACUUUGUGAUGACUAGCUACGGCGUUCGCUUAGCUGCUUCCUCUGCACUCGCCCAGAACACCUCGAUGGCUAUGCUUGUCGCUAGUUCAACUCGCUCUUCGGGACAUACUGGAUGUAUGCCCUCGGCCACCACUACGGGACUAGACCGUACUCUUGGAGGCGAAGUCGCUCGCUCCUGUUCUCCGUUCUGUCUUGAACGUAUGUCAUCGCCUGCCCCACAACAGCCGUCGAAGUCUUCUUUCGGGCUAGAGCGGACAAACGAAUGUACCCCACUCAGACCGAUUCCAUUUUAUUUCGACUCGCCUGCAGAAGAUCCCUGCAGCUCGGAUCCUCUCGAGGAAGAUGACUAUAUGCUGCCCGAGGACCUCACUGCCAUCGAUUUCAAAUGGGAAAAGUUUGACCGCGGAUGCAUCGGCGAGACUCAUACGACGUCGGAUCUGUCCUCGUCAGACAUCUCCGCUAGUACUGCUGGUCUUCGGGUCGCGCCUUUCCUACGUGAAUCCGCAGGUCGCGUUCCGCGUACCCCCGUACUGGGAGAGGAUACGGUGCAACCUUCAUCAAGCUCUGACGUCCCAGCUCCGGUCCCCGGCGAUUUGCAAGAACUGUCUGACGAUGAUGAUGGGACGUGGAUCGUGCCCUCGACCGGCCUGGCUCAGCCGGGCGCGCGACACACUGUGAGCGGUGUUAGAACGGCCUCAAGAGACGGCGCGGCAAAGGAUACGCCUCGCUCUCCUCGUCUACCUGUCUUUGCGCCAGCGCCGGGCAUUUUCCUGUCUCCCCUUCGGAAGGCGGCAGAAAUCGGCUCGAAUGUGACUCCAGAGAAAAAGCCCAGCGUCGUACUCAAUACUCCAGGAGAAGAAGUGGCGGACCACGACUAUCGCAGGACUCCACCGUGUGAGCCAGCACAAGGUCCAGCUUCUGAACAACCUCUUGCAGAAACAAGGCAUCCCGCAACGCCAGCUCGCACUGCGGUUGAACGAGAAGCUCGGGAUCAUCUUCGUACGUCACCAAGCGUCAGGUCAAGAGGCAGAAGCUCCAGGUUUCCCGCUUUCGCGUCGCCGGCCGUCAAGGAGGUGGUUAAGGAGGAUGUCAGAGGACAGAUCGGUACAGCGGGCACUGAUGGCAAUCAUGCUUAUACGCCGACCUGUUCCCAGGAGUCUCAUGACACCAUCGAGUCGUGGACAGAGCAUAGGUAGAUUCCUGAGACUGGAUCCGAACGUGAUCGUUAGCCACGUAUUUCGGGCAUAACAAACCAAAUCAAUCAACUUACAACGGCGGGGCCCUUGAAAUUGACAAACAGCC